UGUUAACGACAAAGCGCCGGACGGUGUAUUUUUAAUAUUGAAUACUGAAUUCGAGAUCCUUUCAAGGACGACCGUCACCGUUUCAGACAAUGCAUAAUUAAUAUGGCCUGUUUGUUUCCUGUCAUUGGUUUUGAAAACUAAUCGAUAAACGUUUAAAAUCAAAAUGCUCUCAUACAGCCGGCCGAUACAAAUAUUAUGAAAACGAAAGCAAAUUCCUCCGUCAAUCAGAAAAUGUUUGGGGCAAAAGUUGUUCCACCUGAUUGAAUUUUCCCCUUUUUCGCUGACCUACAUUAACCAAACAAAUCGAUUGCUUUCCUAUUCCGUAUCAGUUGCUAUGGAAACGAUAACGACGGAAAAUGUGCAGUUUUGCACCCGGAUUAUUUUAGUCUUUCUCUACUGUGAUUUCGGUGGGAAAGUAAUUCCUUUCGAACCGUCUUUGGUUGGGUUUUAUUUUGUUAACAAAGAAAUCUUCACAUCAAAUUCUUCGUCAUAAUGGAUAGAGGUAACUUCCAGCAGCAACGUAAAAAACGCCGUGAAUCUAAACGAAAGUCGGGUGAAAAAAAGAAACCCAAAUCGAACCGAUCCGAGGAGAGCCUACAUCCGAGCUACACCAAUUUACAGCCACCAUAUUCGGCCAUCUGUCGCCAACGGUAUCACGCAAACAACGUUCUGUAUGAGAAACAGUUUAAUUACGAAUUGAAAAUGCUUGAGUUGAUGCAAAAUUCGGCCUACGAUUCGAUGCGGUUCCACCGCCAUUUCGCCCUUACUACACUUUGGCCACCGUUGCACACACGCAAAGAGAUUGAAUAUGUGUUGGAUAAUUUUUUCCGUCAUCCGGAGCGUCAAACACGUCGUUUGCACGAAAUUAUGAAAGGUCCUGUUCAUUAAUAAAAUGUUGAGCACUGAAAAAUUGUUAGCACACUGCAAUAGUGUUUAAAAUCAGUUUGAAAUCAGUUUGUGAUCAAAGGGUGAAUCGUUAAAAAAAAGU